UUAAGUAGUGGAAACCGAAGCGUUCUCGCGUGUAGACGCAUUGAAACCGUUAACUGUGACUAAAUUCGCGCAUGUGCUUUAUAAAACAAUAUUGCCAUUGUUGUUGCAACUAUAUUUAAACCAAGUGACGUCGAAACAUCGGCCAACAACAGUCCGUCCAAGUGCUUUUAACAUCGUGCCAUUGUUGCUCCAUUUUGUACUGUCUGCCUCCGUGUACUUGCAAGUGUUUGCGUUCCGGAUUACCAACCAACUUUAAUAAAUCAGAGGAGGACGAUGUCCACCAACCUGCAAAAGGCCACCCUUGAGGAAAUUCGCCAUGCGGCCGCUCGCAUUUGCCGGGACUAUUUAACCGGACGCUGGAAGGUGGUUACUCCUGAAAACUUGGUGGUGAAACGCAUAAGUGGUGGUUUAUCAAACUUUUUGUACUACGUAAGUCUACCCGACUUGGACGACUUGGAUGAGCUGGUGGAACAACAACAGCAGCUGCAGGCAAACGCGAACGUGAGCGUCGGCAAAGACGUCAUAGCCACCGCAACUUUGUCCAACAACAGCCCGGUUUUCACACGCGACGAUGUGGUGGAGGCCAAGUCGGUGGGCGUGACAUCGCUGUCUACGGAGCUGGCGAGCAACGACAACGACAACGACGACGACGAAGACGACGAUGACGACGCAGCGACUAGCGCCAAGCAGGCGCACAAACGUCAGCGCUUCGAUAGCGAUAGCCGCGACUCGAGUUCGCUCAAGCGAUUGCACGCCCCCAAACAGGAACCCCGUGAGGUCCUGCUGCGCAUCUAUGGACAGACCCACGGCGACCACGCGCUGGAGAGCAUGAUCACCGAGUCGGUGGUGUUCGCCCUGCUCAGUGAGCGCAACUUCGGCCCCAAGCUGCACGGCAUCUUCCCCGGCGGACGCAUCGAACAGUAUAUCCCGGCACGUGCGUUGACCACCGCGGAGUUGGCAGAGCAGCGAAUAUUGAUGAAAGUGGCGGAGAAAAUGGGCGAGAUUCACAGCCUCAAUAUACCAAUGUCUAAGGAGCCGGAUUGGAUCUGGAACUGUAUGGAGCGCUGGGUGUCCGGCCUCGGGAGCAUUGUGAAGGGAAACAUCAAGUCGGAGCCCAAGUCCUUGGCACUGGAGAAGCAGAUGGAGCUGAUGCGCACCUUCGACUACGUGCAGGAGAUCGCCUGGAUGCGGUCGGUGAUCGAAGAGGGCGACUAUCCAGUUGUGUUUUGCCACAACGAUCUGCAGGAGGGCAACAUACUGCUGCGCCAACCACCGGCUGGCCACAACGAACGCACGCCGCUGGAAUCGAUUAGCAGCUUGAGAUCCAAUUUCGACGAAACAUUGGGCGAUAGCUUGGAUGGCAACAGCAACAUCUCCGAGCCGGAGACCAACAAAUCGCACAGCGUUUCGCCUUCGCCUUGCCCCGAGUUGGACACCACGAACGACUCAGCGCUAGAUGCCAGCUUUACAGUCGACAAUGAGCCGGAUCUCAUUAUCAUUGACUUUGAGUACUGUGCGUACAACUACCGUGGAUAUGAUCUGGCCAAUCACUUCAUUGAGUGGACCUUCGACUACACCAAUCCACAGUUCCCCUACUUUUACCACAACGCCAGCAACUGUGCUACUGUGCAGCAGCGACGCGACUUCAUUGUGAACUACCUGAAGAAGUAUCACGACGACGAGAACUACAAUCCCACUGGCCAGGAACUGGACAAGGUGGAUGCCGAGAUCCAGUUCUUUACGAUGCUCUCCCAUCUUUUCUGGAGCCUCUGGUCCGUGAUCAAUGUCACGUCGGCCAUCGAGUUCGGUUACUGGGAAUAUGGCAUUGCACGAAUUCUGGAAUACCAAAAGCUCAAGGCCGCCUACUUAUCGCAGUGAGGGCAAAGGUUAAUCAAGGGUCAAAUAUCAACAAUAUUCACUUAAAUCGAAUCAGAACCGUACUUAAGUGGCCUUUAGCAUUAAAGUCCCUGCUCUCCCGCUCUUCAAUUUCCUCGUCUGGAGUUGAGUUUGUACUGCAGUUUUGUCAAGUUGGCUAACAACCAGGUCAUCACACUACUUCAAUAUUUCACACGGAAAAGGGAAAGAUAUCGAACCAUUCAAAAAGACUAACUUAUUUUUGUAUAGAAAAAUUAGCUAUUUAGAAUUGAUAAAGCUGAAAGGAAAAGGCAAAAUCCCAAUGACUGCUGUGAUUAAAGCGUGAGACAGAUGAUAGAUAAAACGAUAACAACAAUUUAACGUAGCUCUAAUUGUUGUUCCUGAUGCGGAAGUGGGACUGGAUUCUCCUCACCCAACAGAAUUGAUCGAAAGUAUUACAGGCAGCACCUAGCACAUCCCCAAAUCUACGUAGGCUCAUCAACGAUUAAAUGCAUUGUAUGCUCUAUACAAGAACACACAUUUCUUCAACUUUCGAAUUUAUUACUUAUUCGAAUUUUUUGUUUAUAAUCUUCAAACACUACUUUCGAUAUCUAAGUAUUAUUUUGCAUUGUACUCACGAGUCGCCACUACGUUACUUCUAUACACUGAAAGCUUAGUUACAUUUUGUAUCGAAUUUCCUUCUAUUUCUAUUUGACCAGUCGAGGAAUUCAGACGAGCUCCACAGCUCGUCCAGGAACAAUCAUGUGUUUUUAUGUACCUACCUAACUAUCCCAUAUUCCUUAUUAGAAAUAAUUUGUAUGUUUUUAGAGUUUAAAAUAUUUUUGCGUAUAUUUUUAAUAAAUAAAUACUAGAAGCUGA